CUAAGCGCUUCGGAAAGAAAAAGGAACGCUCUUUGUUCCAAGUGGGGCUUUAAUGGGGGACGGACCAAAACAUUCGAGGGAACGCAAUGAGUGUGGCGCACAUAGGAAAUAAUGAGUUCCCGAUUGAGGCAGGUGCUGCGGUUGGUCGGGAAGUUCGGUGGUGUUUCGCCUCGACUGCGGGCCGCUUGCCUCCCUCGUGGGCCGUGGACUUUUUUGCACGCCACUGCCAUCGGCUACCGCCUCUCUAGCCAUGAGAAAAGAGGCGGGAGAGACCAUGGCAGGAGAUGGGGGCCUGAAGAGACGGAGGAAGAGGAGGAAGGAGGAGGCGGCGAGGAGGACGAGCGCGGCUUGGAGGAGGAGGAGGAGGAGCUGGUGGAGUCCGGGUUGCCCCCUGUCCCGCCUGGCCACCAGAAAGUGUUCAUUGUCCACCCGGCGGUGAAGUGGGGACCAGGGAAGCCUCAGCUCACCACAGCUGAAUUGCAGUUAGCUGAAGCUGUUGCUCUUAUAAACAGUAUUCGGAACUGGACAGUGUUGGAUAAAAUAAUUCUUUCUACAAAAGUUCCUGACAAGAAAUUUAUCUUUGGCAAAGGGAAUUUUCAGCUUUUAACUGAAAAGAUCAAAGGGUUGCCGGAGAUCUCAUCUGUCUUUGUAAAUGUAGAAAGACUAUCUCCUCCAACAAAGAAAGAGCUUGAACAAGCCUGGGAAGUUAAGGUUUUUGACCGGUACUCAGUUGUCCUGCAUAUUUUCCGCUGCAACGCUCAAACUAAAGAGGCAAAGCUUCAAAUAGCAUUGGCUGAAAUCCCAUUUCUGAGGAGUAAUAUACGUAACGAGGUUGCUCAGCUGGAUCAGCAGAGAGGUGGCUCAAGAUAUAUUAUGGGUUCAGGUGAAACUUUCAUGGAGCUGCAGCUUCGCCUCUUAAAAGAAAAAGAACUUAAAAUUCGAAAGGCCUUAGAGAGGCUUAGAAAGAAAAGGUGCUUACUUAGGAGUCAGCGAAAGAAGCGUGAAUUCCCUACUGUUUCAGUAAUGGGAUACACUAAUUGUGGGAAAACUACUCUAAUCAAAGCCCUCACUGGGGAUGCAGGAUUGCAGCCCCAAGAUCAACUCUUUGCCACAUUGGACAUAACAGCCCAUGCUGGUUUCCUGCCAUCAUGGCUGACUGUUUUAUAUGUAGAUACUAUUGGAUUUCUCUCUCAGUUGCCCCAUGACCUUGUCGAAUCGUUUUCAGCAACUUUGGAAGAUGUCGCUUGUUCGGAUUUAAUUCUCCAUGUGAGAGAUGUCAGCCACCCUGAAACCAACCUUCAGAAAGAAAGUGUAUUAUCAGUUCUCAGAAAUCUUAGUCUUCCUAGCCAUCUACUGGAAUCUAUUAUUGAAGUUCAUAACAAAGUGGAUUUAAUAGACAGGCAUCGUCCCACUGAACCCAACGCAAUAGCCAUUUCAGCUCUCCUUGGGCAUGGUUUAGAAGAACUGAAAGAGGAAAUUGAGAAAAAAAUCCUGAAAGUAACAGGGAGAAAUAUUCUAACUAUUAAAGUAAAUUUAUCUGGACCUCAGCUCAGUUGGCUUUACAAAGAAGCAACAGUGCAGGACAUUGAUGUUGUCCCUGAAGAUGGUACAGCCAAUGUAAAGGUCGUCAUAAGUAAUUCUGCCUUGGGAAAACACAAAAGACUCUUUCCUCGAUCAAGUUACUCCUCCUGAAAAUUAAGAAACCAUGCCGUGUUUAUGGAAGGCAUCAGCAUAACCUGCAAUUAUGGUUAUCACAGUAUUUCGAUGAAGGUAAAAUGAGUGUGACUUAGUGCACAGACCUUUCAUCUUCUGUUUCAAACAAACCAGUAUCUUCAACUUUGUAUAAAAUGAUGACAGUAACCUUGAAAACCUAAUGUGCCAUGCUGUGAGAAAUUUUUGGCAUCGUUCCAUUCAUGAGGAAUUGCACAAAGCAAAUUAUCAUCCAGCACCCCAGAUGUACUCUGUAGUAAAACCAUCCAAUAAAAGAGCUAUACAAAUCAAAUGUGCAAGGUUAAAUUUUUAAUUAAAUGAAUCCUUUCCUAGUCAUGUGAUUCAUGUUUAAGCACAACUUUGCAAGACUUUAUUUUUCCUUAAGGAGUACCGCUCUUGAAAAUGCCAUUUCUGAUACUGUAUUGUGGAUUCAGGAUUAUCUGUGGCCAAUGAAAACUGCAAUUUGAAUGUGAAGCCACUUUGGGUUUCCCUUUGCAGAGAUUAUAACAGCAACAAUAAGUUUGUGAAAACUUGCUGUCAAAUCUUAACAUCUGCCUUAAACUGUCAAUGAGAGGAAGAAGAUAUAUGAUGAAAUUAUAGCAGUUUUAUAUCCCUCUGAUUUGCAGCUAAAUAUUUCAAGGCUUGUUUCUAUUAAUUUUGUUACAUUAAUAUUUGUAUAAUGACCCCAGAAACAAUCUCCUGGGAGCCCCUCUGGAAGAAAGGGCAGCAUAGCAACAGUCAGCAGUUAUCUCUGACCUGUUAGUGGAUUAUUCCAAAAAUCUAACUAAAUGUAGGUUACUACAUUUGCAGUUGCAGCCCAAAAAAUCCGAGCUAAAUUUGUAAAGUCCACAGCGGAGGCUAGAAAUGGAAACAGUUUGGGAUAAUACAAAUCAAAUUUUCAUGCCUAUGGGGAAUGUCACUGCUACUGUAAUUUGAAAGAGCUAGUUUAUAGAAUAAGCUUUAAUGUUUAUAUUGGAAAAUGUAUACUGUACUUUUAAAAGUUGUAUAUUAUUUGAUGUCAUGGCCAAGGCUAGUAUAAUAAACAACUCAUUUUUUACAA